AUGGCUACAUCGGAUUUAAUUGUUGAUGAUUUAUCAAAAGAUGGAAAUUCAGCAAAGUUUAUUUAUUCUAAACCACAUGAUUAUUCAGUUCAAUCUACAGAACCAAUCAAUUAUUCAAAUACUAAUACUCAAGUUCAUCAACCUCAAUCAACGUAUAAUAUUAAUUCUUCAUCACCUUUUAUUAAUCCAAAUCAAAAUAUAAUUCAAUCAGCAGAUAAAAUUAGUAGUUACCAAACUUGGUCUAUUAUAAAUAUUUUCUGCUGCAAUAUAUGUUUUGGUUGCCUUGCUUUCCAUUAUUCAAACAAGACAAAAGAUUUAAAAAGAGAAGGUCUUGUGCAAGAUGCAUUAAAAACUUCAAAGGUAGCUCGUAAUAUUAACAUAUUUGCCACAAUAAUGGGUAUAUUCUCUUUACUUGGCUUCCUUAACCAAGUUCUCAUUAUAAUUGGUUCUUUUCACAGUUAA